UGUCAAAUUUACUUACUGACUAUUAAGACGUGUCGUCCGUUAGUGGUGUCUGUUACACACGAGAAACGCCCACAUAAUGGUGUUUCUUCUACACUGACUCUGAAUGUCACUUCUUGGAGAUUUAGCAAAACUGUAAAAUAAAAUUCAUUUGGAUUACAUUUUGGUUUCUAAGUUUACAGCUUGAUUAGAUCUGCAACGAUGGGGAAAUCCCUGUUCCAUUUCAUUAUUUUUACGACCAUCAUCACCACAAGUUUGGCUGCUUUUGACUCUGACUUCUGUAAUGCAAAGAUGAGUCCAUAUUACAAGGCACCAACUGAAAUGAACCCCAGUCCACCAGUGUUGUUCUUUGACAAUUUCUUUGUGCUUAUUGAGAGUAAAUUUUUGGAUACAAAGAUUGUAGAAACUACGGAGUCCUACUACUCUCAGCAAGGUGAGAAGGCCUACUCUAGAGUGCUCAACAAGGCGACGCCUUUGCAAAUCUGGAUUGACGCUAACAGAGACGAGGUGACCUUCGUCCCAGACACAGCUCAAGGACAAGCCUGUGUGGACUCUAUUCUUGAGAUUAGUCCUAUCUAUUCCCUGUACAAAAUCUACCCUGACCCGAACAAAGAACAUUUUGACAUGAACACACCAGCAGCUGUUUUUGGUUGGGACAUUAUCAGCCAGAAAAACGUUUCAUACCAAGGAUCCAACUCUUCUAGAGGAAUCCCGACAGAUUUAUGGUACACUUGUGAAUACUCUCCAUUUAAUGAUACAACCACUUUUACUGAAUGGCAGAUUGCAGAUCCAAGCAAUCUGGUCCUGCCUUCCAUUGUGCACGACAACAGCCAAGCACCAACCUAUGUACUUCCCAUCAGCAGCAAAGUGACCUACAAAGACAAAAGUGACCCCCGGAAUCCAGUGGAGCGUGUGAUGCAAAUGGAUUUCACUCACUUUAGUAAGAUUCAAACCACUGAUCGUCAUUUCCUCAUACCGCCAAACAUGAUUUGUGCCAAUUCUCCAUCUUCUCAAAUUCCUCUGCCCACAAUGCCAAACUACUUCCGGUUCAGGGGAGAGCAGGUUUUAGUUGAAAGUCCAAAUCCAGCAGCACUGACCUACACUAUAGAAGAAUAUAGUCAUGAUCUAGGUCUAUUCAUUCAAGACUUCAUCAGCGUCCCAAUACCAUAUUCAUUAAACGACAAGUCUUACUCCAGAUUAGUGACAGACUUCAAUUCAGGUCUGACGUAUAGCCUAGACCUUCAAAGUGGAUCUUGUCUUGUCAACCCUGUUGAUGCGGGCAAUGUUGGUGCCUAUCCGUUAGCUGGCGGAUUCGUUCAGAUGAGAGACUCCAGCCAAUUCUUUGACUUAGACUCUACCAAUUACACUUAUUUGGGCCAGAACUUCGUAGAAGGACGAGGCAUAAUGUGUGACGUAUGGAGCGCCUACUUCUCGUCCUACACUCCAGACAAAAUGCCCAACACUCUCUACACCUGGUACUUCGCAGCAGCUUCGUGGAUGCAAGCACAGGGCUAUCAGCAGAAAAAUCCUAUACCUGUUAUGCUGGAGCUGACAUCUAACAACAGAGUCAUUCAAUUCCAUUUCUUUGAGUAUUCGACUUCUCCCUCUACCGCACGACCAGACCUGUCCACGUGCUAUGCUCAAGACGACACCAUGAAUAUACAGCUCUUUGUUUUUAAAGCUCGCUAUGACCAAGUCUACAAAGCUAAUCCUAUUGGAUUCCGCUCGGGAUUUGUCAAAUCCGUCACUGCCAUGACAAGUCUUAAAUCUGGAUUAAGGAUAGCUGAUUUAGAUUUCCAACCAGCUCCUAACAAUGAGAUUCAGAUUCAGUUUAAACUUUUGGAAAAACCACUGAUGAAAGGAGACGUCCAGAAUACAUACGACCCGGCUCCCAAUACUCAGAUCUUCAACGAACUGUCUGACAAGAUCAACUCUGGAGUCUUUUCGUUUGACGUUCAAAAUCCCCCCUCAGAGUCACCAGGUAAGCAGACGGUGUAUGUCAGACCCAACUCCAUCACUCAGCUGUCCGACGCCGAUGUCAUGACAUUCACCAUCACUACUGACACCAGGAACACUGACGCUCAUAGCAAACUCUCCUCCAGCUCUUCGUCUGCAGGGUACUCGGCAGGCUCAAUGGCCGGCAUCGGAAUAGGGAUGCUCAUUGCUGGGUUGUUGAUUGGUGUUCUAGCUAUAUUCUUGGUCAAGAGGUUCAGGGGAGGUAAUGAUGGUUCAGGCAUCAGCAUGCAGAAGAUGGAAAACGAAUAGAUUAUGCAAUGUUCACAUGUUAUUGCAUUCUUUUUUUUUAUUAUUAUUAUUUUCUUAGUCAAAUUUCGCACCUGCCAUUCCAUUUGAAUGUACUGCAUACUUUUAGUAACAAAGUAUCGUAACAUAUAAACCUUUCUAGUCUACAGACCUGCAAUUAUAAUAUGUUAAUGAGUCGAUCGUAUUUUAUUAUUUAGAGUGACACUAAUAAAAUGGCGAAAGUACUCUAUGGUUCCAUAUUACCCCGUAACAAAAGUGUUGAAUUCCAAUUGUAUACAUCGCCAUGAUAUUAUUGGAGCAAAUUAAUACUUAGUUGAAUACAUUUAAUUGAACCCUUAAAUACUAAUUUAUCUUUUUUUUUUGUUCAUUAUAGCUACUGUGAUGUUUAGUAUUUCGUUGUUGGUUCCUGUAACUACAACAUUUUACUGAUAUAAGAUAUCUUCUCUGUAGAGGAUAUAGUAUUAUUAAUAGUUGAUUAAUCUAUAUGAAUGUUUGUUAUGAAAAUGUUUUAUGUCUCUUUACGUGAAGUGUAGUGGUGUUCAAAUAAAUAUUAAUAAAGUGGAAAAUGUUUCUUUUUUAA